UGUAACGCCCACGUCGCUUCCGAUACGCCAUUUUCUCUCCAUUUGGACCUUCAAUAGCAUGGUUCUCAAAGCCAGGAUUGAUAAAUAAAGGCAACCGCGACGUCGUUUGUGAAUCGUUUAGCUCGCCAAGUUAGCCCGUUUAAGUCGCUCGACUCAUCCCGCUUCUCCGCCGUCACCACCGCUGCCGCCGCGCCCACAAUUCACACAUUUCCCCGCCGAAUUCUCCCUCAGGCCUUCGCCACCCGACCAGGAAAAUCCCAACCCCUUGGCAAAGAUGGACCCGACCCCGCCGGAAUCAUUGGAGGCGCCGCAACGUGCCGGAGAGGACUUCGUCCACGUCGAUAACCCUGAUCCUAGCAGCGGGGCACUGAGCGAUAGCAUCGUUAAUGUUGCUGAUGAGCUGAGGGACGAGGGACACUCGGUGGUGGCGUCGUCGGGGACUGCCGCCGGUCAGGCUGAGCCUGCUGAGAUGACGGAAGCCCCCGAGGAGCUCUCGAGAGUUGUGGUGCUGACUUGUGAGUCCAAGGCUGAAACUGGGUCCUGCGAUGUCUACUUGGUCGGCACAGCUCAUGUUUCAGAGGAAUCAUGCAGAGAAGUUGAAGUUGUAAUCCGCCACUUGAAACCAGAGGUAGUCUUUCUGGAAUUGUGCGCUAGUCGAGUUAGCAUGCUGGCACCUCAGAAUUUAAAGGUGCCGACUACAGGAGAAAUGAUAGAGAUGUGGAAAAAGAAACACAACUUGUUUGGGAUACUAUAUAGCUGGUUCCUUGCCAAGGUUGCUAGCAAGCUUGAGGUAUUUCCCGGUUCUGAGUUCCGUGUGGCAUAUGAAGAAGCAAAAAAGUAUGGUGCUAUUGUGAUACUUGGUGAUCGACCUGUACAGGUAACGUUGCGAAGAACAUGGUUAAAAAUGCCACUAUGGCACAAGGCAAAACUGGUGUACUCAUUAAUCUUUCAUGCUGUCUUCUUAGCAAGUCCGCAGGACCUUAAGAAAAUGCUCGAGGAGUUGGAUGAUGUCGACAUGGUGACUCUUGUGAUUCAAGAAAUGAGCAAGCAGUACCCUACUCUUAUGGAAACCCUAGUACAUGAGCGAGAUCAGUAUAUGGCAACCAUGCUACAUAGAUAUGCCUGUGAGCAUUCAUCAGUGGUUGCAGUUAUUGGAAGAGGACAUAUUCAAGGAAUUAAGAAGAAUUGGCAGCAACCCGUGUCGAUGGAAGAUCUUCUGAAAAUUCCAAACCCUAAACCAACAGUUUCAGUAUUGAAGAUCGUUGCCUCCCUAGGUGUUGGCGCGGCUAUUAUAUCUGGCAUUUACCUUGCCCGCAAGAAAUAGCACCCAGGGACAGGAGUUUGUUAUCGACCUAUACAAAGAACCCAGAAUGGCAAACCAUUUGUCUGACCUUUACCUGCUUUUUCUCCGUCAUUUCUUCUUUUGUGAAAUAACAUUAUCCGGCUUACCAUUCUAUCUAUUGAGGAUUAGUUUGUAGCCAGUGAUACAUGAAUCUUGUUCUCGAGGGGUUCUUUCAUAAAAGCUGGUAUCUUUGUAUACGAGCUCAUAUGUAACUUUAUCCUGAGAGGAUUCUUACAUGACCUUUUACAAAAGACAAUAUAUAUAUAUUAAAUCCAUCAUGCUUGUGAUUUGAA